AUGUCCCAUCAGACCGGCAUCCAAGCAAGUGAAGAUGUUAAAGAUAUCUUUGCCAGAGCAAGAAAUGGAAAAUACAGACUUCUAAAAAUAUCUAUUGAAAAUGAGAAACUUAAACUUGUGAUUGGAUCAUGUAGUCAGCCUUCAGAUUCCUGGGAUAAGGAUUAUGAUUCCUUUGCUUUACCCUUACUGGAGGACAAACAACCAUGCUAUAUAUUAUUCAGGUUAGAUUCUCAGAAUGCCCAGGGUUAUGAAUGGAUAUUCACUGCCUGGUCUCCAGAUCAUUCUCAUGUUCGUCAAGAAAUGUUGUACGCAGCAACAAGAGCAACUCUGAAAAAGGAAUUUGGAGGUGGCCACAUUAAAGAUGAAGUAUUUGGAACAGUAAAGGAAGAUGUAUCAUUACAUGGUUAUAAAAAAUACUUGGUGUCACAAUCUUCUCCUGCCCCAUUGACUGCAGCUGAGGAAGAAUUACGGCAGAUUAAAAUUAAUGAGGUACAAACUGACAUGGGUGUGGACACUAAGCAUCAAACACUACAAGGAGUAGCAUUUCCUAUUUCUCAAGAAGCUUUUCCGGCUUUGGAACAUUUAAGUAACAGACAGCUCAACUAUGUGCAAUUGGAAAUAGACAUAAAAAAUGAAAUUAUAAUUUUGGCCAACACAACAAAUACAGAACUAAAAGAUUUGCCAAAGAGGAUUCCCAAAGAUUCAGCACAUUACCGUUUCUUCCUGUAUAAACAUUCCCAUGAAGGAGACUAUUUGGAGUCCAUAGUUUUUAUUUACUCAAUGCCUGGAUACACAUGCAGUAUAAGAGAAUGGAUGCUGUAUUCUAGAUGCAAGAGCUUUCUGCUAGGAAUUGUAGAAAGACAACUACAAGUGGAUGUCAUUAGAAAGAUUGAGAUAGACAACGGGGAUGAGUUGACAGCAGACUUCCUUUAUGAAGAAGUACACCCAAGCAGCAUGCACAUAAGCAAAGUUUUGCAAAACCAAAAGUUCCUGCAGGAAAAAAGGGGAAUUUGA